AUGUCGGGCGAAUCUCCCGAGGCGCGGGAGAAGAGGCUCGUGGGGACUGUUCAGAUCCGGAUCCUCGAGGCCUCGAACAAGGAGGACAAGCUCAACGACAUUCUGAAGAAGUACCUGUGCGCCCUGCUGCUCAAGGCGACCAGCGACCAUGCAUCAGUUCGCAACGAGGUUAUCCAAUUUGCUGGAAAGCUGAAGACGCUCAUCAUGCACCCGAGCAUCAUUUUGCCAGUUGAGGCUCUGGUCGACCAGUACAAGAAAGCCACAUCACCCAUUCUGCGUGUCUUGGACAUGUCAUUCAUUCAGCACAGCAUUGGUCGUAUGGAAGAUUACGACCGCCGCGCCCUCAUCAACAAAGUUGCCGAGGGCAUCUCAUCACCAUCGCCGACCCAAGCGUCAAUGUUUAAUGUCCUCCUCAAGAUUCUUCCCGACAUUCAGGUUCCAUCACGCGGUAGCGAAGAGGACAUGGCGUUCCGCGAGGCUAGCGGCCUGACCGAAGAUGCGGACGCUGCGUUCAUCGCCAAAUGGCUCGGCAAGGUGCUCCUCCUGAGGAUCCCCGGAGGCUCCAGUCCCAGCCGCCAGGACUUUGAGAGGAUGAACCCUGCGCUCGCCCCGGAGGAUCUGGACUUUCUCAAGCCUGAGCAGCGCGACACGGCAGCGGCGUUCCAGAAGAUGCAGGACCUGCGCCGCAAGAUUGCGCAGCUGCUGGCGAGUGGAGCGUUCAAGGAUGAGGAGAGGCUUUUGCCCACUCUGUCUGCUGCCGCGAGCCCGGACUACCAGGUUUCACAGGUUGGAGAGGACAUUUUGAAGAGAAUGACGAUCGACUUCGAGAAGAAGGAAAUUGUCGAGGAGCUUUACAACUCUCACGCUAGACUUCCAGCGCCGCACCGCAUUAGAAUCCUCGGUCUGCUGUCCAGGUCCACGCUUGCGACGACAAUGCACGACCGCAUCCACGCCGUUGUCACCCUGGACUUCGGCACCGAGACUACCUCAAACACACCUGCCCAUCUCCAAGCUGCCAGUGGUCUCGAACGAAACAAGCUCCACAAGGCCCUUUUCCACUUCAUCAACUGGACCGCAACGCGGGGUCCGACUCAAGGACCGUUCACGAUCGGCUCCAAGCUCAUCAACAUGAUGCGCGGAUACGUCGAGGACCAAGGUUGGCCCUCCCCGCGCACCUUGUCUGCAGACGAAGAGGUCCUUCGAGCCAUGGCCUACGAUCUCCUGGGGUCUCUGGGAAUGGGAAGCCCCGGGUCCGCACAGGACAAGCUGCACCUCGUCGGCUGGCUUUUCCGAUCCCUCUCGGAGGAUCCCACGAACGAGACGGUUGUUAACAUCGAGGGCUCGCUUUCGGGACUGACAAGGAGCUUCGACCCCAAGACCGUCAGCGGCGACGGACGCGGCAGCGGAAACGUGAGCCUCAUCUCUCUGCUGCUGCACUACAUGAACCUGUCCGAAGACGCCCCCGCGGUGCGUAGCGCGCGCUUUUCGGCCGUUAAGUGGGCGAACCAGACUAUUGCAUCGUGGGACGAGAGGGGACGAUGGAUCGACAUCCUCGCCAUCGCCGGACGCAGGGGCGAGAGGACGGAGGUUGUCGAGGAGGGCCGCAAGGGCUUGGACCCGUGGACGUACCGGGACGGCGAGGACCACAAGAUGCCGGACUGGAUCAAGCUGAUGGUCUACUUCUUUUGCGAAAAGAUCUCGGACGAUUUUACCAGUGACGACUUCACUGGCACGACGAAGAAGUACAAUUUGGAGUUUGAGGACGAGGCGACGAUUCAGAACUUUGAAGGCGAGAAGAUCUCGGCGUACCCUGUAGCCGUGGAGUACGUCAAGAGGGCCUUGUUCGUCGCCGCGCUCCCCGAUUUCCCGCUCGUCCCCGGAUGGGCUGAGCAGCUCGACACCCAAGUCCGGAACGACAUCAAGACCCGCGACAAAAUCCGCGCGUACCUCCGCUCAAUCGACGAAGAGCACGUCGCGCUGCUGAUCAAGGUCUGUUUCGACGGCGUGCGCUUUAGGAACAAGGAGGGCGCCAACCCUGUUGUUGAAAGCUGUCUGCGCUCCCUCGUCGACAUCGCCUCGCUUUCCCCGUCGGGCGCGAUCAACCAUAUUGCAGGUAACGCACACCUGCUGCAAGCAUGCACGAGAAACAAUAACCGCCACAUUCGCUUCCUCGCUGCUCAAGCGUGCGGCAUCCUGGUUCCCCAUCCUCUUAACAAGGCGGAUCUGGACAUUCCUGAUGCGACAGCCGCCAAGCAGGCCAGGAACCAGCACAUCCAGGAGUUCCUGCACAACCUCAAGGCCACAACUUAUGCAUGGGAGAAUUCAGUGGGCUCAUAUGCCAACGCAGUGGAGGGUUCUAUACAGGCUUUCGGGCACAUCUUCUCCAGGGCCGUGUACUACGGUCUGCCCAUCCCGGCCGAUACGCAUUUGCCGUCGAAGCUGCUCAUGGACAAGAGCUCCCACCGCCCCUCGCUCGAGGACGCGAUCCUCGACUGCUACGCUGAGCUCUGGACCGCCGGCCUCUCGCAGUACAUCCCAGACAAUGUUAACAACCUCACAGCUGAUUACGUGAUUGAGAGGCUUGGGGAGAAGGCAGCAGCCGGGAGCGACAAGGCCAUCUUCGCCCUGGGCCGGCUUGCGCUUGCAUUCAACGAGCCCAAUGAGGACGCAACGCCCGAGGACGGCCUGCUGUACCCAUCGAGCAAGACUUCCGGCAUCGACAAUGUCCUCCGCGUGCUCUUCGGUCUUCACACCAGACGUGAGACAGAGAUCCAGUUCACCGUCGGCGAGGCCAUCACCGCCGCCAUCGCGUGCUGGGACUCGGACUUUGUCAAACUUACUCUCAACGUCGAUGCACCGGCCGGAUCCUGGAAGAAGGAGAAGCGCAGCGUCAGAGUCACCGCCGUCCUCGACAAGCUGUUCAAAGACUGCAAGACGACGAAGCCCUCUCUUCUCAAGGCGUCCGGAAUCUGGCUUUUCUGCGUGGUCCAGUACUGCGGCCACCUGACCGAGGUCCAGUCUCGUUUGAGAGAGGCCCAGGUCGCUUUCAUGCGGCUUCUCAGCGCGAGAGACGAGCUGGUGCAGGAGACUGCCUCGCGCGGUCUGGCGCUGGUAUACGAGAAGGGCGACGAGGAUCUGAAGCAGGAUCUGACGAGGGACUUGGUCUCCGCCUUCACCGGCAAUAGCACGCAGAUCAAGGUCGAAGAGGAGACGGAGCUUUUCGAGCCCGGUGCGCUGCCCACAGGGGAGGGCAAAUCCGUCACUUCGUACAAGGAUAUCGUCAGCCUUGCAAACGAGGUAGGCGACCAGAGCCUGGUGUACAAGUUCAUGUCUCUCGCCACGAACGCGGCGACCUGGUCAACGCGCUCUGCCUUUGGCAGGUUCGGUCUGAGCAACAUUCUCUCCGAGUCAGAGGUUGACCCGAAGCUAUAUCCCAAGCUCUUCCGCUACCGCUUCGACCCGAACUCCAAUGUCCAGCGGUCCAUGGACGACAUCUGGAAGGCUCUCGUCAAGAACCCGAACGAGACGAUCAGCACCCACUUCGACGCCAUCAUGCAGGACCUGUUGAAGAACGUCCUUGGAAAGGAGUGGCGCGUCCGUCAGGCAAGCUGCGGCGCCAUUUCCGAUCUCAUCUCAGGGCAGCCGUUCCACAAAUACGAGCAGUACUACGCCGAGAUAUGGACUGCUGCGCUCAAGGUUCUCGACGACGUCAAGGGCUCCGUGCGCGAGGCGGCGCUGAAGCUGUGCAUGGGCCUGACCAACACCAUCGUCCGACAGCUCGAGGAAGGCGGAUCAUCAUCUUCGGCACAGGCAAUGCUGAAGCAGGCGCUGCGCUUCCUCCUCUCCCCCAGCGGCCUUGAGAGCGGCGUCGACGAGGUCAAGAUGUUCUCGCUCAAGACAAUCAUCGACAUCACAAAGAAGGGCGGUCCUAACCUGAAGCCAUUCAUCGUCGACUUCAUCCCCCCUCUGCUCGGUCUCCACAGCACUAUCGAGCCGGAGCAGAUCAACUACGCCUACCAGAAGGUCAGCGAGGACUCCAGGGACCAGCUCGACAAGCUGCGCGCCAGAUGGGUCAACCAGUCCCCCAUCUUCGAGGCCAUCGACAACUGCCUUCGACAGCUGGACGCGGAGGGCAUGAAGCAGCUUGCGCCCAAGCUCGAGGAGAUCAUCAAGACAGCCAUCGGCAUGCCGACCAAGAUCGCCUGCGCCCGACUCAUCGGCGACCUGGUCAUGCGCCACGCCGUCGACUUCAAGCCCGUCUCGUCCAAGUUCAUGCAGCUCAUGGAGAAGCAGGCCCUGGACCGCAACGACGAGGUCAGCAAGGGCUACGCGCGCGCCGUGGGAUAUCUUAUGCGCAUCGUCCCCGACGCGUCCAAGGAGCGGCUUGUUGAUAAGUUUGUCGAGCUGUACUUUGGCAGCGAGGACGAGGCUCGUCGCGCCAAGGUCGCUGAUGUGGUUCUUGGCGUCUCGAAGCUCGCUCCCGACCACUUCAACAGGCUCGCGGCCAAGUUCAUCCCAUUCACGUACAUGGGUCUCCACGACACAGACGACUACACGCGCAAGUGCUUCGACGAAGUUUGGAGUCAGCACGGAUGCAGCUCCCGCACCGUUGCGCGCUACGUUCCCGAGAUUGUUGGUUUUGUGAAGAGGGGUCUCGAGGCGCCUCGGUGGAAUUUGCAGCAUACCGCGUCCUUCACGAUUGCGGCAAUGGUUAAGGCAGUCGUCAACUCGAGCGACGCCACCGGCCAAAUUUCCGAGGCGAACUUGAAGGUCAUCUGGCCCAUCUUCGACAAGGCGCUUGCGGUGAAGACGUUCCCCGGCAAGGAGAAGCUGCUAGAGUCGUACCCGCAGUUUGUCGGCAAGGGGCAGAGCCUCUGGAAGAACGACCCCGCCGUGGCGGCGCAGCAGUUGAAGGUUGCUGUGCGGGAGGCGAAGCGCAACAACGAGGACUACCGGCCGCACGCGUUCAAGGCUCUGUGGAAGUUUGCCGAGCAGCGGGAGGACCGGGACAUGCUGGAGGAAAUUUCAGGCAUCGUCAGCGGCGCCCUGGACGACAUGCUCGACGAGGAUAGGAUGGACGUCGACGGGUCCGGGGACAAGCUCCGCAAGGCUGCCGUCAAUGGUGUCGAGGCCAUUGCUAGGGGCUACAACCGUCCUCAGAUGAAGGAGGAGCCCGGCGCUGUGGCUAAGAAGGUGUUUGAGCUGCUGAAGCCGUACCUUGCGAGCGACAAGUUUGCAGCCAUCAAGCGAGAGGUGUGGUACGAGUGCGUCAGGGACCUGAUGAAGGCGGCUCCCAAGCCGCAGGCUGCUACGGGCGAUAAGGCGACUGCUCAGGCGUAUCUGAAGAGUCUCGAUCUUGAACAGCCUGAUAACGGCACCGAGUCGCAGCGGACGAUGAGAGUUCUGGCUCUGGGACAAGUAUUCGAGGCGAUGCAGCGGGGCGUGUUUGGGCCGAUUACGGCAGACGAUAGGAAGGAGUACAAGGAGGCGGUGAAGAAGAUGCUAGAUGGCGAGAGGUCUUUGGAGGUGCAGAAGCAUCUCAAGGAGAUUCUGGCAGAGCUUGAGAAGUAG